GUCUCGGUGUCCGAGGUACGGAUGUGAUUUCUGUAUUCCAAACAAACUGAUGUAAGUCAGAAGACCCGAGGUAUGUGGAAUGAGACGGGAUGCACUUCAUUCUGGAAUGCUUGUGUCGCCGGAUCCCACUCAAGAUUCAUUUAUGAAAGAAGUGGAGUAUUACAUAUCCAGCUGAGGCCUUCGCUGUGAUUCUCCCUAUGGCUUCCUGACCCUGCAAGUGUGGACAGUUGGUUGGAGUCCCACAGUGCAAGAACCAACAUCCUAUUUGCAGGGAGGUGGGGCUGCCGCCCUCCUGAAGCUCGGGCGACAUGGCAGGCCCUGCCACGUCCCACCCCAACAAGGGCUUCCUCAUAUUCUUUGACUUCGACGAGACCAUCGUGGACGAGAACAGCGAUGACUCGGUGGUCGAGGCAGCGCCCGGUCGGCAGCUGCCCGGCUGGCUGAAGGACUCCUACCGGCCGGGGCACUACAACGAGCACAUGCAGCGCGUGCUGGCCUACAUGGCCGAGCAAGGGGUGACCGAGGACAGCAUCCGUGCCGCCAUCGAAAAGAUCCCCGCCUCUCCGGGCAUCCUGUCCCUCUUCCAGUAUCUGCGCGCCCACCCGAAGGAUUUCGAGACGGUGCUGGUGUCGGAUGCCAACAUGUACUUCAUCGAGGCCUGGCUGCGGAGGGUGGGCGCCCGCCAGCUCUUCCAGAAGAUCUUCACCAACCCGGCCUCCUUCGACAGCAGUGGCAGGUUGGUCCUCCAUCCCUAUCACUCCCACGACUGCGGCCGGUGUCCGGAGAACUUGUGCAAGCAGGCCGUCGUUCAGGACUACCUGGCACUGCGGGCGCGGGAGCGCGGGUGCUCCUUCAAGCGCGUCUUCUACGUGGGCGACGGCGCCAACGACUUCUGCCCCCUGCUGGCUUUAGGGCCGACGGACACGGUCUUCCCCCGGCGGAACUUUCCCGUUCACAAGCUGAUCGCUGAGGCACAGGAGGCCCGGCCUUUGGUCUUUAAACCCGCCGUGGUGCCUUGGUCUAGCGGAGAGGAUGUGGUGAACCACCUCAAACGGCUUUUGGAGGAGAGGUGACAUACGAGUGAAGCGGCUGGCUGGAUUACAUGCUGACCCUCCUUAAUGCACAUGGGCAUUCACUAGUGACCAAUGUACAUUACAGGCUUAUAUAAAAACUACCAGAAGGCAGUUAUAGAUACAGGGAUGCAGAGACUGUGUAGAGGUUACACACAUAGGAAAAGUCAGGUGCCGUGGACUUGCAUGCAGUGCUGUACUGUAUAUCAUGGUGGUACACAACACGGUUGUGUGUACAGUGAGGUCAGUCUCUUGCCAAGACGUCUCUCUCCUGUUGGAACAGAUCCAUAUAUCCACUAGCCUUGAUAAAUGGUGAUGUUUGCUUUGAGAUUCUCAGGCCUGAGUCUUGUCUCUGACAACACACCUGGAGCUAAAGAGUGAGUCACCCCAGAGUGCCUCUCUGCCUCAUAUUCCAGACCAAAGUUCAGCCAGCGGCGUCAGCAGAGAAGUGACAAGCUUUCAGCAAAAUCUAUACCUGCCCUACACCAACAGCUUUGGGGUCAGGGUCCCUUUUAAUAACAAUAACAACAAUAAUUACACUGUAUUUAUAUAGGGCUUUUCAAAGUUAUUUACAACAAAAUCAAAGAAAAUACAACAGAGAAACAGCAAAAAAAAAAAACAUUCACAACCUUUAUUCAAAUCAAUCCUUGAGUUGAAAUGCAUACAUCCAUGAUACCACAAAUUGGAAAAAUUUCCGAGCAUUUCAAACGCACUGGUUUGGGUUGAGUUGACCCAGAUCAAGAGGGAGAAAUAAAAUGAAGGAAUACAAUAAACCUUAAUGCUCUUUAGAGACUGAUGUGAAAUCAGUAGAGCCCUAUAUCAACGGUGCUACAUCAGCCAUCAUUAACCUUUGCCUUUUCUAAGACCAAAGGCAAUAAAUCAUUCACAGUGAUCCUUAUUAAUUCUUAUUAAGCCGACUCACUGUAGGGAGCUGUAAGCAGAGGACUCACAAACCACAACACUGUGUGUUGGCUGCCUGGCCUCAAUGGGUCUUUCUGCAGCAGGAGAAGCUUAUUGUAUGUUGUUGAUGGACGAAUCAACUAUGUGUAUAAUCGUAUCAAAUUACUGUAAUGUAGUCUGUUGGCUGGAAGUUACAUACAGCAUACUUGACAUUGGUCUUCUUCUUAGUGUUACAUACAACACGGGCAUUUUAAUAUUAUACUGCUGAUAUGUAGAUGGAAAAACCGGAUAGUGCUUUUUGAUGGUUCAUCAGGACAAAUAGUCUUUCUCUUUAACAUUUCCUCAUCACUUUUCCCCCAUGCUAAGGUCAAGUGCUCUGAGCAUGCAUACCUCAAAGGUGCCAUCUACUGGUUAAAAAGGCAUCCAGACUCAAUGAGGUUUGAAGAGCUUGGCCAGACAAAAAAAAUGGCAUUUUUUCUUCCACUCAUCAAUUUUCAGAUUUUUCAUCAUAGUUCUACUAUAACUAGUAUAAUAUCACUAAAAGGCCAGACUUUAAAAACUGCAAUUUUUAAAUGUUUUAUCUACCCACACCGAUUUUGAAAUUUUAUAUCUAUUGCCUUUUUUUAACCGGGCACUCUCUUGUGAUUCUAUGAACCACUACAUUCAGUCAUACACCGUUGGAAAGCUAAUUUUCCCCUCCGUAGUUUUAGCUUGAUCAUAUAUGGUAAUUUCCUUUGUAACUAUGAUGAUUGGUGAUUGGAGACGAGCUGCUUUGCGAAAUCUCAUUGGCUGAGGGGCUGAAUUUCAAAUACUAACAUUACCUCCUCUAUAUAACUCUAUAUUGGUGAAAUAUAGUAAUACUUAUAUGGUAAUUGUUCAUAAUCACAUUUGAUAUGCUUUUUAAACACAUGGAAUAGUUUUUUGUUGUUGUUUUUACACACUGGAUCUUUUAAACACCUUCCCCUGGGCGAGGGUGCGUGUGACCCACCAGUUGGUCCCAACUCAACAUUUGGGAACCACUGCUGGAUGGUUAAUAACAUUAAAUGUGCAAUUUAAAGUAAAUGUGUUAAAUUGUGUAGAGACAUGAGAGACGCAAUUUAAAUUGAUUCUUGCAUAACAAAAAGUUAUAUCUGUGAAAUAAACAUAUGAAUUCAUAUGAAUCUUUAUCAGCCAUUUUCUUAAAAGGAAACAUUUUUCGGUCACUUCCAGGGCAGGUGCUUUCACUAAACCUUAACUGAUUCUCAGCUGUAUUCUGCAGAUAUUUGCAGUUUUGUGAAUUAUGAAUAUCCUUUCAUUUUGGGUUGCAUUUUUUGUCAAAAAAUAUGCCAAAAGGGCAUUUUUAAUAGGUGUAUGCAGUAUUUAUUUAUUU